GGUGUUAGAAUGAUUGACAUUGAAACGUUUUUUUCUCUCAAAUUCUUUCAAAUCUAAUGUCAAGGUAACGGCUAUUUAAGACAGGUUGUAAUUUGCAAUAAGAGGUGCAACAUACUUAUUUUUCAGCCGCAAAAUGAGUCGUGUCACGUCUGUUGUUUCUGUUAAUUGGUUAAACAGUCGGUUGCUAACGCCAAACAUCCGAGUGAUUGAUGCCUCCUGGCACUUGCCUAGCACCGGCAGAAAGGCACGUGAAGAAUAUGUCAGCAAGCAUAUCCCAGAUGCACAAUUUUUUGAUAUUGAUGGGUGCAUUGAUAAAGCAUCACCGUAUGUUCACAUGCUGCCUAGUACCAAAGAGUUUGAAGAAUAUGUUGGAAAAUUAGGAAUAAACAAUCACACACAUGUUAUUAUCUAUGACAACAAUGAGAAGUUUGGAACCCUUUCAGCUGCUCGAGUAUGGUGGGCAUUUAAGGCUUUUGGACAUCCUAUGGUUUCCAUACUGGAUGGUGGACUUCCUGCAUGGUGCCGGGAGGGAAAACAAACAACUAACAAAGAGUCGAAAUGUUCUCCUGAAACAUUUAAAGCUACAUUUCAUUCUUCAAUGGUUAAAUACUAUGAUGAUGUAAAAGAAAACCUUUUGAAAAAACAGUUUCAGCUGAUGGAUGCAAGGCCUCCAGGACGCUUUAUGGGGACUGAUCCUGAACCUGUAGCAACCAGUGUAGAGUCAGCGCCGAGCCAUUGCGUGCUCUGCAAGAAAACGGGGAGACGUUGGAGUUUUACUCCCAACACUCGUUGGUGGACAACCGUGGCAAGGUGUUCUGCCCAGUACUACGACAGUACGUCUGCCCAAACUGUCACGCGGCCGGUGACUAGGCACACACCCUGCGCCACUGCCCUAUAUCGAAGGGAGGAAAUGUGGCGGCAGUAUAUAACACUCCCAGAAACAGUUGCGCGAUGCGGAAGUAUUAAGCCUUUUAGCUGUUGUAAUUAAACAUUAGAAUUCAAUAUUGGUACUUUUGUUGUUGUUUUUUCUUUUGUUUUACGACAAAAGUGUUAUAGUGUUUAUUAUUUUACAAUGAGAACUGUUUGCUUUGUUUUGUUUAACGACACCACAUCGAUUAAAGG